AUGAGCAGAUACAUCCUCAUCAUCGCUCCAUUCAUUCGAUCACUCUGGUCUCUCGAAGCCGCCUGUGCUACCCCUUCCAAUGUCUUCAUCUUUUGGAACGCUAUUGGUGCAUCACUACACGAACUCUUCUCUGGACAUGUUGAUGAGACUGGGAUACCCGAGUCACUCGCACAAGAAGUGACAGCAAUCUUCAAUCGUCGCUGGAAAGAGUUCUUUUCGAAUGGUAUCUACUUCGCAGCUGCGCUGCUGGAUCCGCGUUAUCCCAUCAACGACAUCCUCAUCCGGCCCGCAACCAUGACAUCGAACAUCAUUCUACCCCCUUCCAAGCCUGACGACGACAGCAAUAUGCCGCAUCCCCGCGCGUACCACCACGUGAAGUCGUGUCUCAAAGAAUUACUCAAAGCUGAAAUCGAUCGCGCAGAGAAACCCGGUGCCGCUCACAUCCACCCGCUCUUGAAGCAGCCAUUGGACGGCAUGGCCGUUGCCCUGGAGUUCAAGAAGCAGCUGAUCAUGUUCUGGCAUGGCGAAUAUCCGUUCAACGCGCCUCUACGAGCCGGUCAGACUGCCCUUGAGUGGUGGGAAGAGCUGGAGCCGAUUAAGCACUCUCAAGUCCUCGCGAUGCUAGCUGUCAAGAUUUUCAACAUGCUUCCCAAUUCCAUGCCUGAUGAACGCACCGGCUCGAAGAUCACAUGGCUCAAUUCACCCACACGCGGAAACCAGCAAGUUCAGACGCUUAUCGACAUGAUACAGGUUGGGCAGUGGUACGGUGAUCACCAGGCGGAGAAACGGGCCACAGAGCGAAAACUUCCGACUGUCAAGUUUCGCGAUCUCAACGCCGACAUGCUGAAAGCAGUCCAGCAGCAUCAGGAGCAUAUCGAGGAGGAACACUCGGCGUCGGAUUCGGAUUCGGACGACGAUGUUGACGACUCGGGCGAUGCUGGGUCUGCCAACGUGUUCCGCCCCAGAACCGAUUCCUUGCCGUUGCGCGAGGAGUUCGUACACGCAGAUGACGACAUCGAUCUCACCUCGCCAUUAAUCCGCGAUGUUCUGUCCCUCGAGCCCAUUCCAGGCGUCUCGCGCUCGACUGACACGAGUUUUGUCCCCACAUCACAGCCUCAACCACUGGACUGGUCCCGGAUUUGA